AUGGAUCAAGAAGAAGUUUACGUCAACUUUCUCAAUUACGAUUGGAACAACUUUCCUGAAUAUCAAGAGGGGCUUAAUGAAAUUUUACUGAACUAUCAAGAGAAUUUGCGCGAGCAAGAUCCUACGGCCACAAUACUGGCAUUGGAUCUUCAACAGCUCACCGACCAAGCGAAGGUGUUUUUCUUUUGCCUGAAGAACGAUCAGAUCAUCGAGUUAGAGGAGUAUCGCGCUUGGGAACGCCAAUGGGGAGAUCGUUAUCGCAAACUGAAGAAGAUUGAGGAGAUUCAACCGGAAGAAUCUCGUGCUUCGACCCAAGAUGAACAACCAUACAGCUCAAAUUAUCAAAAUGUUGUUGAGCUUAUUUUAGCCGGUAAAGAAGUGCCUGGGAUAAAACAAAUCCCUGACACAGUUCUACUGGAUCAAAAGAGUACGGCUCAAGUCCAACAACGAAAGAAGCCAUGGGAAUCAUGA